AUGGAGAAAGAGAAAGCCCCCGACCGCGAGGGCGACAGUCCCCCGCCAUACACGCCCUAUGUCGACCCUCAAGUGACAGCCGAGUUGGGCGAUGUCCAUAAUGGCCGCAUCGACGUGAACCUCAAAUCCAAACUCGCCAAAUCGCUCGCGCAAAUCGCCGAGCGCGAAGAAAAAGGAGCACCCGUUCCCAGAACCCCCAGAACCCCCAGAACUCCCAUCAACAACCCCCAAACCAACCUGCGACUUGAAACUCAACAUCGCAACGCCCUCCAACGACAUGGUCACCGAGUCCGAAUAGCCACACACGGCGUCUUCGCCUCGUUCGUGCGCAACUCCUAUCUAGAAUUCUUCCCGAUAGGCGGGGACCCCGCCGCACUGAUGGCGUACAUGGUGAAGAACCCAGGUUUGAUCCCGCAAAUGAAGACCGUGCGCGACGGUGAGAUCAAGAAGAAGCAGGUAAUGGUGGCAGAGAUGUUGGAGGGGUGCUGGAAGAGCUGUAUUGAAGACGAUCCGGAGACGGGCGAGCCGUUCGUCGCUGACGCAAUUAUUGCCAACCCGCCCAGUUUUGCUCAUGUGCAUUGUGCGCAGGCGCUGGGGAUACCCGUGCAUUUGAUGUUUACGAUGCCGUGGAGCACGACGCGGGCGUUUCCGCAUCCGUUGGCGAAUUUGGGCGAGGAGUUGAAUCGGGAGGUUAUGAAUACCACUACUGCGAAUUGGGUUUCGUAUGGGAUUGUUGAGUGGUUGACUUGGCAGGGGCUCGGGGAUGUAAUUAAUAAAUUCCGCUCCUCGAUUGACCUCGCCUCAGUGCCUGCAACAGAAGGACCUUGCCUAGCAGAAGCACUCGAAAUCCCCUUCACAUACUGCUGGUCACCGGCCUUAAUACCACGACCCCGAGACUGGCCUUCUCAUAUCGGUAGGACACCCAACACUCUUUACAACUCACAACUAACCAUUAUGAUAACAGACGUGGUCGGCUUCUUCUUCGCCGAUACACCAGACUACACACCCCCACCCGACCUAGUGCAAUUUCUCGCCGCUGGUCCACCACCCGUCUACAUCGGCUUCGGCAGCAUCGUCGUCGACGACCCGCAAAAGUUAAUCAACACUAUUUUAGAUGCAGUCUCCAUGUCCGGCGUGCGAGCCAUCGUCUCAAAAGGCUGGAGCGAGCUAGCCGGACGACCAGAUGAGAACAUCUACUACAUCGGCGACUGUCCGCACGGCUGGCUUUUCCAGCGCGUCUCGGCGGUCGUACAUCAUGGUGGUGCGGGGACGACUGCUUGCGGGUUAUUGAAUGGAAAGCCGACGACAAUUGUUCCUUUUUUUGGCGAUCAACCAUUUUGGGGCAACAUGGUCGCAAAGGCAGGCGCGGGCCCAAACCCAAUCCCGCACGCCUCCCUCGACGCCGAAUUACUCGCCUCCGCAAUCCAAUUCUGUCUCACGCCCGAAGCAGCGAACGCAGCGCAGGAAAUCGCUAUCAAAAUGCAGGCUGAUGCGGGCGUGACGGCGGCCGUGGAUUCAUUCCAUCGGCAUCUCCCGCUCGAGCGAAUGCGCUGCAGUAUUAUGCCUGACCAGGUGGCUGUGUGGAAAUACACGAAAGCUAAAAACCCACUUAUCCUCUCCAAGACAGCGGCCAAUGUCUUGAUCGAACAUAAUCGAAUUGAGGCGCAGCAUAUCAAGUGCUACCCCCCAAACCCUAUCCUAAUUUACAACCGCCGCUGGGACCCGUUGACCGGCGUCCUCAGCGCAGCAGCCGGAACAGGCACAAACAUGGCAAAGUCAACGGGCGAAAUGUUCUACAACCCGUACAAAGAAUUCAAACGCAGCCGUUCCAGCCCCGAGUCAAAUGACCCCUUCCAAACAGCCUCCAACAUGGCCAGCGCCAGUCUAAAAUCCUUCGGCAAAUUCUCCGGCACAUAUCUCCGCGGCGUAAUAGUCGACAUCCCCCACGCAGCCGCAGAGGGCUUUCGGCGGGCACCGCAGCUGUAUGGCGAGAAACCGAAAGAGUACGGACAUGUCUCGGGUUGGAAAUCUGGCAUCGCGGUUGGAGGGAAGAAUUUCGUUGGUGGGAUGGCCGGUGGCGUGGCGGGGAUGAUUACGGAGCCGAUUAGGGGUGCGCUGGAUGGGGGGAGAGACGGGGCGAUUCGGGGGUUGACGAGGGGGGCUUUGGGGAUGGCUACUAAGAUGCCUUCGGCGGGGAUCGGACUUAUGGCGUACCCAUUCCAUGGUAUCUCGAAGAGUAUCGAGGGUGCGUUUCGGACCAAGACGCCGAAGGAAAUUGUUUUGGCGAGGAUGAGGGAGGGGUAUGCGGAUGCGCAUCGGAUGGGGUUGUCCAGCGAGGAGCAGGAGGAGAUUUUGCAGGUUUUUGAGAUUCUUUUGAGCUCGAUGGGGGCGUAG